AGUAGCUAUUUUGUACCUCGGAGGUUCUGCAGCCAGGCCAGUGAGAGAGGCUGAAAGGGGAAGCAGAGAUGGCGUCGCGUCGGUGGGCUUACUUCCGAAUAAUGACAGGCACCGUCCUUGGUGGAAUCCUCGGCUUCUACGUCAUGCACCGCGUCGAGACCAGCUACAAGGAGAAGAUGAAGGAGAGAUUGAUCAAGUACGAGAACGAAAUGAAGAAGAGGGGACAGCUUGAACAACAAAAGGAUCAGUCAGAGCUCUUAUCGGACUCUUAAACCUUUCCCAACGCUCAAAUUCCUAUGUCUCUUUCAAUUUUAAGCAUGCCUAAUUUUCCCCCAUAAGUUUUGGGGGAUUUCAGGAUCCAGCGGUAUCAAGAUUUAAGGUAACUUCUGCUUGUAAGCCCGUGUAUUUGGCAUGGGGCAGGAAAUUUAAAUAUUUGAGUAUUUGCUUUUGAUUUCUUUUUGUUUUGUUUUCAUGGUUUGGUUUACUUGGUUGUAUGUGCCGCCCAGAGGAUUAAGUGGAGUAGGAGCCGAUUUUUUGGGCCUUCAGACCUAGUGACAAACAUGUGGUGGGUGCUUCAAGUUACUUCUCGAUCAGAGCUAUCGAUAGGAAAUAAAAUGUUGUUGUAAAAAUUUGAGAACUGUUGAAUCUGGGGUUGAUGGUUUCUGUUUCUGUUUAUAGGAAGCCGUAUUGACAUGGGGAGCAUUUUCUGCUUAUGUUGGAAUAAAUCCUCUUGCCUGCAGUGACU